AUGUGUUGUGUUUUCAUAUCAACGUAAUUUCGGUCUCGACCUUUGGGCCGAGCUGAUUAUUGUUUAUCUUUCACGCUUUCGCGCCUGAAGUCACAACGUUUUCGAUCGCUGGAAUAUUCAACAGCUAGAGUCGGUCAUGCGGCAAGUAGCUACGGAGGUAUCUUGCGCGCACCGAGCUAUCCGUGCGAUAUGGCAUCGCCGGAGAGGGCCCGUCGGCCUAAUGUAAACAACCGACGUCCUGCUCUGUGAGCUUCGGAUCGCUGCUGGAACUACGAGUCGGAACUUUUAGGACGGCCCAUGGGUGUAAAUGCACAUGGCCAGUGACGUGAACAGUGAAUCUAGUGGGAGUGAUUCCGGCUCAACUCCGGAAGAAGAGCGCAUCCGACGACUCUUCCAGACUUGCGAUGGCAACGGGGAUGGAUACAUUGACAGCCAAGACCUGUUGGCAGUGUGCCGUCAGCUGAACCUUGAGCACAGCGUCGCUGAGCUAAUGGAAGAGCUUGGAGCUGAUGAAGAUGGGCGCAUCUCGUACGCUGUGUUCCUUCGAAGCCGCAUGCAACUUAUGGGCGAGAUCAAAGCCCUCACACAUCAGGAAGAGGAAAAGGCGCUGGAACACUGCCCCACUACAUCAGCGCAGGCUUUGUGUUCUUGGAAGGCCGGAAGUGAUGCUAGUCAAGGAGCGCUGUCCGAACGGCACGAAAGUUGGGAGUUCGACUCUGGCACCAGAGACUUGAGCCCAGAGCCUAACACACUGCAAAGGUUGAUGGAAGCUUCUGGGGGACCCAUACCUAGCAACACUACCGACUUGCUUGAACUGGCAAAUAAAUUACACUUGGCUGCUAUAUCAUCGCUGAAAAACGAGGUGUACGACCUCGCCGGUCGGCUGCAACAAGUGUCCCAGGAGAAAGAUGCACUGGAGAGGAAGCUGAGUAAGCGGCAGCUCCAACGCAUGCAGGUUGCCCGAGACCAAGAAGACCGGCUAGAGCAGCAAGCGCAGCGUUACGAGGAGCGCAUCACAGAGCUCCACAGUGUCAUUGCCGAACUCUCCAAAAAGCUUGACAUCCAAAGAGCUGCUGUGAUCAAGGAAGAAGAUGAGUACAGUCAACAGUCGGGAGAUGAAUCAAGAAUCAGCGAUGUCCUGAGCCACUGCACAAGCAACGAAAACUUAGCUACGGAGUCCAUCAGCGACAAAGACAACGAAUCACCGCCAGAGUUCACUGAUGUUAUUUCCGGAAAGUGUGCCACCACGGAAGUGGUCAUGCCGGUGCAAGUUCACGAAGGAGAAGAUACCAGUAGUGGCCUUGGAGACAAUGAAAGUUUGGACGAGAAGCCCCAGGGCUUUCGAAGUAGCAGUAGCAGCCACGGAGUGCGGGGUGGUCACGUGACAAGCGUGGAGCAUCGUGCCACAUCGUGUCAAAGCCUACAGGCAUCUCAGAUGCAGGAGGAAAUGGCGGCCCUGCGGUCGCAGAAUGUGAGUCUUCAGGAGCGGCUAGCACGCCAAGAAGCAGACUUGCAGAGGGCAAGGGCUGCUACGGCUGCGCUACGUGAGGACAGGGACCGAUUCCAGCGCAAGGUCCGUGACCUCCAGCAACGUGUAGCCGCGAGUCCCCAGAGUAGCUGCAAUCAGAUUCCAGGUGGCAGCGCAUCCCCAUUAACUGAGCAGGCAGCGCAACCUGUGGCCAAGAUGGCUGAGCGUGUCCGUUUGCGCAAGACGGAACCCCCUGCUUCACCGAGGCUUAUUCUUGGAUCAGAGAUGGCAAACCUAGGGAUCUCCAGCAGCAAGGUAGCUGAACAGCUCGUGCAACAGCUGCAAGAAGAGGCACACACCCAGGAAGCCAUUGCUGCCCAGCGGCUCUGCUCUUCGGGCUCUCCCCUUCCCGAGGGCCGUGUACGGGAAUUCGAAGUGGAGAUAGAGCGUCUAAGCAGCAAGGUGGAGCACCUCCGAUGUCAGAACGACCUCCUUCAGUUGGCAUUGGAGGAGAGCCGAGGCCAGUGCGACCGGCUCAGCGUACUCCUGGGAAAGCACGAAUCAAACCAGACCGCAUUGCAACUGGCCUUGGCCUGUAGCGAUCGAGCUCUAGAGGCAUUUGAUGCGUUGUUGGCCUUAGCUGACACCGGUCGACCUAUGGCAAACUACAGAGCAGCCUCUCCUUUGGAGGAAGAAGAGAUGAUGUGUCGCGCCCAAGAAGAGCGACGGCUAGCCGAGGGUCUAGCCCGGCAAGUCCUUCACCGGCUUGACCGACAUUGUGGGGGUGCCUUGGCAGUGACCUCACCAGGAUGUGUAGCAGCCAGCCCCUGGGAGGACCUUUCCUCCCACAGCCACACAACCAGCACAACCAGUUCGACUUCUAGCAGCUGUGAUGGCGGUGAGCUGACCAAGAUUGAGGAGCAGCGCCUGCGGGAGCAUCUGGUGCAGCUGCGCGAAGAGCGCGCAGCGUUGAGAGCCACGCUACUAGAACUUGAGAGUGUGCACAUAGAACCGCGCGGUGCCUCGACCCUCUUGGACGCCCACAAACUUGACCUUGAGAAUGCCGUGCUCAUGCAAGAACUUAUGGCUAUCAAGGAGGAAAAGGCUGAGCUGAAGGCCCAGAAUUACCUGCUAGAGAAGGAGAAGGCCGCACUGGAACUCCGAGCUGGCAGUUGGGAGGCCCGAGAGCAAGCCUAUCUGAUAUCCAUGGAGCACCUCAGGACACAGUUGGUGGAUGCACGGCCAUCUCAGCAGCCUCCACUGAGACUGGAAGGCACCAGCCCAGAGAUUCAGGAGCUUGCCGAGUCCCAGAAGCGGGAGAAGAGCCUCAAGGCACGCGUCGACGAGCUUGUUGCUACCCUGGAGAAGAUCACCAAGAAUGCCGAGCUUCGCUCGCGGCAGUCAGCAGAGUUUGUCGACGACCUCAAGAGGGCCAACAGUGCCCUGGUGUCAGCAUUUGAAAAAGUCAAGAAGAAGAAUAUGGCCAAGCUCAGGAGAGUGGAACUACAGAUGGCUGCCAUGUCGGAACGACAUAACUCGCAGGUGCAGAUGCUGAAGCAGCGAAUCGCAAUGCUUGAAGGUUCUGGUCUGCGCCAUGCUUUGCCUCUCUCAGGAAGCGAGACAUCCCUUUAAGGUGCUGCACGGAUGAAACUCGGAUGGAUGAGUUGUUGUUAGCCAUCGAAGUGUUAUAGCUUUCUGUUUAGUUAAUCAAAGUUCUUGUAGCAUUUGUAUGACAGUCAAACCUUGAUAUUACAAAUACGGAUGUAACGAAUUACCGGUACUAUCAAAACAAUGAAUACUCUUGUCGUUCAUAUAGCGGUAUUCAUUGAAAGUGAGUUUUUGGCUAUAAAAAACUGUUUUGUGUCAAAUGCAACUUUCUUAAUAAUGAGGUUUUGCUGUAGUCGUGCAGUUCCUUUGUGUACUCGUAUCGUUGCCAGUGUGUUAUAUAUCAAGUAGCACAACGUGCAGCACUCAACGAAGUUCCUCUUUUUCCUGUUUGCAGUUCCUUCAAGAAUGACUCUAGGCAUGUUACCGUGUAAUAUUGUGUGAGAAUAGGUAGGAAUUGGGCAGAAGUCACUGUCAUAAGUGUGCACUGUAUAGAGUGUAAUCGUGACAAGAUGGUCACGACAUUUCAGGCGGUACUGUCAGUAAGUGCGAAAGUUUAUGGCAGACGUGCGGUAGCUGCUGUUGUGUUUAAUCAAGAACCAUUUUGCCCAGCAAGUGUGCUUGAUAUGUUGUUUUAUUCUCUACCUUUGUUAGUUUUGUGUUGUGAAAAAGCUGUACUGUGCAACUGCAAAGCUCAGUGUACAGCUUUAUAGAGGGAAGUCGACCAUGUUAGAAGGAAAACUUUGAAAAUAACCCAGGUUCUCAAGCUUUUGCUCGUUGGCAAAUGUCUGCUUAGUUUACUCUGGUACCAUUUGUUCCUGAUCCCCAAUUCAGAAACACUUGUCGACAACUGCCUGCACACACUUAUGAGCAAUAUGGCAGGAAAUGCAUGAAGCUUGAAAGACUAUAGUAGCUAGAUAGUCAUGCCAAAUGCACAUUGGUAAAGCUCCUUUGUAUGUAUUACUAGUACUGUGCACCUAGCUAUUUAAUAAGCCCCUUUGCAACAUCAACAUGUUACCAUUGUAACAUUCACUUAAAAACAGCUUUUGUGUUCCCUUUCUUACUGCUCAUAUGUGUAAAUAUAUACUGCAGUACCCAUAUCACAUGCUCCAUAUUUAGAAUGUAUUCCGUAUUGAAUAUGAAUCUGCACAUGGUAUGGAUCAAGCCGUGUAUGCCUUUUGAAUUCGAUAUGUAAUCAAUCAGCUACCCGUGGCCGUUCUUGUGUCAGAAAAAAGACAAGGACCCGAUAGCAUUACAUAUAGUAACUGACCAGUCAUGUUUGAUUAGGUAGAGUUCUAUCAGUAUUGUUUUGUUUUUCGGAAAUAUGAGCUUGUUCCUUAGGACCUAGUAUAAGUGGUGCCUUUCAUAAACAUUUUUCUCUUGCACGUGAUGUUGGAGGUGUCACGCGAGUUUCACUCGCAAUCUCUUGUAUUUUUGUUUUGCUUCAGCUAAAGACCAAAUAUCAAUUUUUACAUUAGUCUCGCAACAGAUGUACUGGUUGAAUCUUGUGGCAUUAUAUUCCCUUAUCUAUUUCACCGGAGUGUACAAUAUCCUUCUUGGGGCUUCAUUCAACUGACUUGACUCGGUGAGCGCCUUUACCAGCCAGGUACAAUUGUUUGUAGAUACAAGCAGUAGUAAAGCAUCAUGGCAUUUGGUGAAAUGUCUGUGCACACAUUUGUACUUUUCCAAAGGCAUUUAACUGCAUUAAAUGCAGAAUAGUCAGAGUUUGUGAGGUGCUUAGUCCCACCCAAAACCACAUUUCAAUUCUUGGCACUGAAAUGUAGUCACUUAGUCAUCUGCCUCCACCUUAUCGUGCUCUGAUGAUGUGGGACCAGCCUUUAUUGAAUCUCACAGCUGCUUAGAGUAAUCAGUGUCCUGAAACACCGUUCAAGGAAGAAAGCUGCUAGGCUGUGCCUUGUUCAAGGCUGAUAGUUUACCCUAAGUACCUAGUCAUUAGAACUGCUUGUCACAGCUACCUAACCUCAGUCAUAGUGGGAACAUUCAGUUGUGAUUGAGUCAAAUUUGAAUUGAAAUUCUCAAAUAUGAUUGGCUCCCUUGCCCAAGCUGUCAAAGGGAGCCGAUUACAAGCUGUCUCGAUAUUAAUCACAAAUACACUCAUUUGAGGUCCGUACAAUUUGUCUUACCGAGCUUUGCCUAGUGCUUUUUCUUUCCAACUCUCAGUAGCAUUAAAUCUCAAUAAGUGGCCAGUGAAAUUGCAGGUUUUUUGGUGUACAAUGAGAGAAACAAACAUCCCGUAAUUUAGCAACUUCACAAAGUGUGUUCGGUGAAUGUGUGUGUGUGUGAUUUAUUUACAUUUUACAUCUCUGUACCGCAGGUUUGAAGGGAUAUUACAGUGUUUUAAUAAGCAGUCUCUUUUUGUGGUCACACUUGUUGAUGAAAAGGAAGUUUCUUUUUUUCUCACUUGUUUACUCUCUAGGGGGCAUUAAACGUUAUGUUCUGAAUGUGAAGCUUAGGUCCAUAUAAAGCAGUGACGAAUAGCUCAAAUAGUUGAUCUGCUGAAAUGGUCUGCUGACGUAUCAUAUUUGCAAUGGACAUAGUAACAUGAUUGUUUGGUGCAAAUACAGCUCAAAAGUUUUUUUUGUGUGUGUGUGUAAGCAGUCUGAAAAUGGUCUUAGUACUAUACCUGUAAUAGUCACUUUAUAGUGCUUUAAAUUUAAUGAAACGUCCCCUCACUUGCCUCCCUACUUACAAUUGGCUGCUAUGCACCCAAGCAUUGCGGGGUAAAGCGCAAUGUAGCAAGAGAUUUGAAGCUGCAGAUAGUGAAAACAUAUCAAAGGGGAGUGGCAAAGUGUAAUCCAACUGAGGGAGCAUAUCUGUGAACUUUUAUGACCAAUGGCUCUGCCCAAAUAGUGACAGCUAUCUAUGUGGCCUCGCUAAACAAAUGGCAAUGAUGGUUGUGCGUUAAUAUCUCACUGAUCAGUGCUCUUAUAAUAUUGUACAACAGCACGGCUGGAAAACUGUCAUUGCAAGGCAAGCACUGCAAUAAUGCUUACUAUAUUAUGGCCAAGAAGUGUUAAGUCCACAACGAUAAUAAUUAGUUUGUAUCAAAAUAAAAGUUUUUUUUACUAGAGUUAGAUACUGCAGCUAUUCACGGUUUUUAAUGGCAAAAUAAUGCGUUAUUUUCAACUCUUUAUCUCAGUAGUUAAAUGGGGUCCCGCUGCCUCUAGACUUUAAAAAAAUACUUGAAAGCAUCAUAACUUAAUGUAAUAGCUCUUAUAGACGAUGUCCUGAUAUUGAUUCUAGUGCGUCAUGACAUAGCUAGACAGAUGCCUAGCAUAGCGACAUUUUGACACUCUCUCUGCCUCGGCCACUUGACUACACUGUUCGUUGCAACUGGUGUCAACAUAGGAAGCGACCAAGCAAACUGCAGCUAUUGAAGCAAUGCAACAUCCCAGCUCUCACAUAAGCAUGUCAAGUGCAGAGCCAUCAGACACUAUAGCUUUUCUAGCAAACAAAAAUAAAAAACAGGAACUGGCUGUACAAAAGUUAUAUGUUAUUUCCUCUGCACAGUAUCCACCAUUAUGGCAGCUAUAAGCUUUCUCUCAUAACAUAUCACUCAUUGAUAAAUGCAGACAAGCUUUUCUUCACGUCCUUUCACUAGUCUAAUUGCACACCAGAUAUUGAAUGUGAUUAUCCUCCUUAUAACGAAUUCUGCUUUGGCCUGUUACAUAUGAUAGCAAUGUCACCCCAGCUGUUUGUACAACAUACAUGACCAAGUUAGCAUGCGCCAAAGUUGGCCAAAUUGGUAGCAGUAACAGCACAGUGGUAGUAGACACGAACUAAAGCUUCCUUGUGGCCUUACGUAAAUGCUGUAGUUAUUAUUUUGCCUCUCGAAUACAGCUUCUUAUAAAGUGAACAUGGGGUCUUCGAGUCAUGGUAAUUGAUUACUCCAUCACACUCGAAAGAGUAGUUUCUGGCCCAGUCUGGAGAAGGCUCUGUGAAUCUCAUCAGCCCAACCACGUAGCCAAAUUGAGAUAUGCAAGAUUUGCAUAUAUUUCGUGCACUUGUACUUGUCAUGUGCUUACUGCAUAUUAUUUCUGUUUGAGAACAUCUAGAAGGUGCUUUGAUCAAGCUGAUUAGCAGCAUUGGCAUGUGUUUAUUUAACCUUUUCUUUUUUUUAAUGAUCGCCUUCAUAUCAGUCUGCUCCUGUUACCACAGGCUCUUUUCCAUGUGUUAACAAUGGUUUGGCUUCUGUUCCAUAUUCAGUGACUUCUAUUCCAUAUUAUCAUUACAUAUUAGGUGUGAAUGCUUGUAUGACUUCCGUCUGGCCUCUCAACAGGGUUGCUUAGCAUUAAAUAUUUAUGAUGAGUGGCAUAGAAAUAUACUGCAUUUGUACAACACUUCUAUAUCGUAUGCAUGUAGACAUGAGUGCAGUCUUGUAGUAAAACAAUCUCUUUAGCCAGGCUAUGCAUCAAAUAUACUUUUACAAGCAGGGUCACAAUAUUGAAGCCCCACAUACCCUUUUCUUUUUUUCUCAUACUUGCUUUAUCAUGCUGUCUACGUGACAGUGGACUGUGCCAUGCUUCAUUUUAUUUGUGCCUUGAACAAUAUGGCCUGCUGCAAGGGUACGGCACUGAAAAUGUUAGUGCCUGCCUGGCAGUAGCAAUGGACAAUUACACCAUCAUAUGGCUGCCUGGUUGGAGCUAUAUGUGGAAAUGUAACUGCCAUCAGUGUUUGGCAAAUGGGAUUGCUAAUGGUGCACUCAGUUCAGUGUACAGGAGGUUAGCAUGUGUGUAUGUAUACACUCCUGGCCCUUCUUAAUACAAUGUUAGUAGAUAUUGCAGGAGGAAAUUCCAGUGCUGCUGUGUAUCUAUAGCAUGGGUGUUCCCUUAGGCUGUAAUGUCACCUUGUACUUUCUUCUUAAAAAUGUAACUAAAGCGAUCAUUACUGUUCAUAUUGCUUACCUCGCGGGGUAUCUUUGUUAAUGCAUAUGUUGUGGCUCGUUAACUUGCCGGAGGCGUCAGGACCUAUCUUUAUACAAGUUCUUGCAAAGUAUGUCAGUGUUGCUGUGUCACUUCAUUAGUAUGGUUUGCCAUGUGUUGCCAGCUGCCUUUGUUAGUUACUGGCCUGGGUUUCCAUACAACCUCAACUUCAAGAUGUGAACAUACUAAAGGCUUGUGAAGACAUAAAGAGUGUGCAUUUUACUGUAACCAUUUUCCAUUAAGCAUACAGUUUCAUGCGAAGAUAGCUAGGUGGAAUUUUGCUGCUAGUGUUUACGGUUUGGAUGUGAAAACAGCACAAAAAUACAAAUAAAGACGGAAGAAGAGAUGACAAAGCGGGAAUCAGCGCCUUGUCUUCCUUCUUCCGUCUUUGUCUGUAUUUUUGUGCUGUUCUUUACAUCGAAACAUGAACUAUCAAAUCAUGAAUCCCUACUUUUUCUUUAGUGUUUGCAGCAAUUGAAAGCAUUGUGGAUCAGCCAGGCUGGUAAUGAUGGUCAAUUCAAAGAUCUGCCCCAAAUUUGCUCUUCUGGCUGCUAACAUUGUAGUGACUAUGUAAAAUAAUUACUUUUAGCAAAAUCUUUCAUUAUAACCACCGUUCAAGAUGAUGUGUGCAUGCAGAUUGCGUUCUGCUUUCAGAAAAUAAGAUGGCUUCAAAAUUCAAGCCAUUAAAGAUGGAGAAAGUGUAGUACACAAAGCUACGAGAAUGUCAGUAAGCCAAAAGCAUGAAGUUUAAGCCAAUCCAUUUACUAAUCAUCCACCGCCAUGGUAACAUUGUCAUAGUUCCAUCUUGUAGUGUUAGUAGAAAGCUUAUUGUUAUUAGGGACUUCUUGAUGGUCAUGCCUUGUACUAUUCAAUGUUAAUUCCUUUUGUUGCAUGCACUAUAUUCUUACAGAAGGUUGGCGUAGAUGGGAAACGUGCGUUUUGAGGUAUGCGUGUCCUAUGAAGUCUAGACCUUCAACAAUAGUUAAGCAAUGACAUUGCCUAGUAGUGUUUCUGUCUGUAUGAGAUGGGCGUGAUUACAUGCAAUAGAUUAAGCAUACCUUGCAGCUGUCUAUGCACCUCUUUGAGAGGGUCUUUUUCUUUUUCCUACAUACAUCUAUUCAGUCACACAUCAGAUCACAUGGGGUGCUUAUGGCGUGAUACCUGACUACAAAUGCACCAUAUAAACUGAGGUUUCUCUCGUUUCAAAGUGGCUUAUCAGGGGUACACCUUAGUAAUGACUCUUUCUACAUGUGGCUUUUUUUUUCAUGUGUAUUUGAAUAUGUCUAACAAUUAUUCACUGCCAUGCUUUAUUUCGUUUAGUCACUUUUUUUUUAAACCGAUUUUAUCUAGCGUGUUGAAAUACAUAUGGUAGUUCUUUAAAACUUUGACGAAGUGUCAUGCAUAAGUUGUCAUAUUCGGGUGGAUUUCAUACAUCAGAUGUUUCUGAGCCAAACAUUUCCAAAACUUAAGUUAGUACAAACUAUAGACUUGAAUUCCUGUAUAGUUUGCCACUCUGAUCUGCAUUGUGUUCCGCAUUAAAGGUGCACGGCCUUAUCGGGUUUUGAUGUUUUGCUAGGCCUGAUAUGUUUCUACUGAGUGCACAACAAAAUGUGUAAAAAUGAGUAGUUUACGGCACUGAACUGUUUAUGAUGAUUCACAAUCAAAACGGUCUUGAUUUUUUAAACCGUGUGCCUAUUUUACAAGGUACAUUUUAUCAGUGGUGUCAUGCUUUACUAUAUCAAUUUUUUCGAGGGGGCCGUGUUGGCAUCAUAUAUUUACAAGUGUCUUUUGUUCAAAUAAAGUCAAUGUUUUAUCUCUCA